AUGAAUGCAGCUGUGACGAGAUGGACUGGAAUCAGACCUGGAUGAGUCCAGCGGUUCGAGACAUCGAGGUGACCCGUGCGGCCCGCAGAAAGAGUUCACACAAAAAAGUUGCAUUCCCACUGGCACAGGAUAACACUCCUGGCACCAGCACUACCCCUGCGAGACCACCACUGCGCCGAACAACUGGAUCUCUCCUCAAACAAACUUUCACCCCAAGAAGUGCCCUCAGGAAUCCAGAUGUGUCAGCCAUCCUCGGGACAGGAAACAGAACUCCUCGCUUCAUCAACACACCCCGUACCAAAGGCAGUCUGUGCAUAGUGUGUGCCCAGAAUUCAUAUGAACAGCCUUUAUUCAUUCUGAUAUAUAUAUAUAUAUAUACUCUUCCCUUAUAUAUAUACUAUAUACCCGUCUCCUCUAGGAUUAUGAGGCUCUCUGUCUGGAGAAGAGUGCAGAGCGUUUUAGAAGAAGACAUCAUGAUGGAUAUAACACUGGUGGUGGAUUGGUUGGAGAGCAUCGCCAAAGAUGAGAUAGGAGACUUCUCUGAUAAUAUUGAAUACUAUGCCAAAUCUGUGUACUGGGAGAACACGCUCCACACCCUGAAGCUGAGGAGGAAUCAGUCCAGCGGUGGUUUUAGCAGGCCGCUGGUCACCGAGCUGGAUCCCGAUGCUCCCAUCAGACAGAAGAGACCACUGGCAGACCUGGACAGAGAGGACGACACUCGCCUGCUCAAAAAUCUCUUUAACCUCAUAAGAGCUGGCAUGACUGGUGAGGUGUGUGUUUGUUUUCUGAGGAGGACUUUUAUUAGGGAUGGGUAUUCUGAAGACUCCAUGCGGGAAAUCUACCACCAGUGGGAGGAGCAGGGCAUGGACACACCCCUUCCUGCUGAGAAGGAGAAUGCUAUUCGGGAGCAUCUGUGGAUCCGUGCCUAUCUGGAAGCUCACGAAGCUUUUAAUGAGUGGUUCAAGCACAUGAACUGUCCUCCGGUGAAACCUACGGCACCUGCUCAAGCUAAGUUUACAGAGAAGGUGGCCCAUGAGAUGAAAGAAGCAGAGUACAAGAUGGAGUAUGAGAACUGGCAGGGGCGUCUGGGAGCGCUGACCGAGGAUGUGAAGGAGAGGACUUAUAAUGUGCUUCUUUUUGUAGAUGGAGGUUGGAUGGUGGAUGUCAGAGAGGACACUGAGAAAGACUCUGAGCGUGCUCAUCAGAUGACUCUGCUGCGGCGUUUGUGUCUGCCCAUGAUGUCCUUCCUUUUGUUAACCGUACUGUAGUGCACUGCGCGUCUGGCUGACAUCAUCACUUCGGACCAACACCGAUUAUAUGAGGUUUUCUCUAAAGAGGAGCUGCAGAAGUUUCUCCAGAAGAUGAGGGAAUCCUCUCUGCUCCUGCUGGAUAAAGGGCUGGAUCCUCUUGGAUAUGAGAUUCUGCCCUAGACACUGUUUGUUUCAUGCUAUUCAUGUCCUCAGAAAAAAAUUAAAAGCUUUGUAAUUUUGUGCUUGAAUAAAUAUUUGUUGUUUCGAAUUUGGUAAAUUGUUUAACUGGAGAGACGUUUUGUAUAUAUACUGUAUAUAAAUAAAUAAAAAUUCUCACCAAUAUGGUUAACUAUAAAA